AUGGUGAUCUUUUUCAAGAUAUUACUCGCGGUCAUAUUUGUGAUUGAGUUGGUUGCAGGUGAUGCUUCAAGCAUGACCCACUAUGAAUUAUACAGUUCAACGGCUACUUACACGUCGACGAGUCAAUAUGCUGCAAUUAUGUUGGCAAGCGUCAACUCCCAACGCGCCUCGCGCGGUCUCUCUGCUUUGUGUAUGAACGUGAAAUUAUUAGCUGCGUCAAGACGUCAUUCGAUUGACAUGGCCGCGAAGAACUUUAUCAGCCACUUAGGAUCUGACGGAUCGUCAAUGGCAAUGCGAAUCACUGAAGCAGGCUAUAGAUGGACUAGGGCGGCUGAAAAUGUUGCUGCGGGUCAAGUGAAUGUCGCUGCUGUUAUGAAUUCCUGGAUGCAGUCUAUCGGACAUCGCGCUAAUAUUUUUGGCGAUUAUACCAUGUUUGGCAUUGCGUACGCCUAUAGCCAAGACAGCACGUAUAAACAUUAUUGGACACAAAACUUUGCUAAGGGUAGCACAGAGGCAUGUAGCUACGAGGACAUCGCUUAUGUGAAAAUGAUAACUUCAGUGUUUAAUUCGACAACAUCUCCAUCUGACAAUUCGACGAUCAUGCUGCCUAAUGAUUCAGACCAGGAUGGAGUAAAACUCGACAGUGUUCCAUGA